GUAUUCUUGUAUGCCUACGCGACGUACUUCGCCGUGGCGAACGCGACCGUGACGAUCUGUCUCUCUAGCUCUCUCUAGCACUAUGUUUGUUCUAUCAGAACGAUUGCCAUGACCUCCAAACCUGGCAGGCAGAUGUGAUAUCUUGGCAAACAUGGCCACAAUAUUUAAUGAUGUGUAUUGGAGGCAGGCGUGGGUGAAUAAUGAUAUCAGUUUUCACCGAUCAGAAGUCAAUCCAAGUCUAGUGAAGUACAUCGCUGAACUGACGGCGGGGCUAGAAAAAUGCCAGAUAUUUGUUCCCUUGUGUGGAAAGUCAAAAGACAUGAAAUGGCUCGCAGAUCAAGGUCACACAGUAGUUGGAGCCGAGCUGUCAACGUAUGCAAUUGAAGCUUUCUUCAAGGACAACAAAUUAGACUUCACCACCAGUCGUGUGCAAGGAUUACGUGAUGCUGAUUUGUACAAGAGUAAGGAUGGCUGCAUUAACAUUUAUAAAUCAAAUAUUUUCGACCUCAACAAAGAUACCAUCGGAGAGUUUGACUGCAUUUGGGACCGCGCUUCACUAGUUGCCCUACUUCGAGAAGACAUCCACAGAUACGCUGACCUGAUGAGGUCGAUACUUAAACCGAUGGGAAGGUGUCUCCUUGAAACUGUGGAAUAUGAUCAGAGUAAAAUGCAUGGUCACCCAUUUUCAACACCGUUCAAAACAGUGGAACAACUUUAUGCAUCGGGUUGGGACAUCAAAUCUCUGGAAGUGCUGGACUUGACAAACGAUUUAUGGCGAAAGGAAGGGGUGGAUGCUGUGUCAGGAACAAUAGCCUUGCUCACCAAGAAGUGACAGGCACCAUUACAGAGCUGUUCGAGUUUCAGAUUUGCUAAUGAUGGCGUCGAAAGAGCUCGAUAAGUAGUAGAAAUGGAUCACAAAGUUUCCUUUUGUAUAAGAAGAAGUUUAUCAUACGAUGGAGACCCACCCCAAACGGAUUGUGGAAUAUAAAUAUGAGAAGGGAAAUAAAUUAUCAUAGAGUUACUGAGACAUGCUUGGUUAGAAAACCUCGGAAUAUUCAUUUUGCCUAUUAUUUUGCUCGACACGUCCGAAUGGCAUCAACGUGAUUCUGAAAUUCAGGUUGGACUUUAUCAGUAAUGCCCAGGAAUUCUCUCUUUUUUUUGCACUUUUAUUUCAAGCCAAUGCCACUCAAGGAACCGUUUAUAUUUUGUUUUUCUGUGAAACCUGUAAACACCAAGAACUUUUAAUGGACUGUAAAAACAAGGACUAAUUUAUGGACCACAACCGGAGAACGGUCGACCUUUUUCAGAGUGACAGUCUUGACUUCUGGCACUACACGAGUCUUACGAUUGUCGUCUCAAUUUCCGAUGUCGGCAAGACAAACAGCACGUUUACGAAAUUCCUAUAUACGAGCGGUUUCUCUCUGUGUGAUUAAAGCCUUUGCCAUACAGGACUAGAACCUAAGCCUACUAGUUGGACCAAUAAAAAAAUAUUCCUUGUUGUUCUAUAAGAUUCGUUGAGGUUACCUGAAUUACCUCAUCCCGUAUAUUGAUUACAGUACUGUCAUUCAUUAGGGUUGAGGCUACUACAUGUAUUUUAAACUUGUAUACGGUCAAAACUGCUUUUAUUGCCCAUUUCUGUAGCGCUUUUGCUUUUCCCUUGAUGCAUUUGCUUCUCCCGUGACAGUUGUGUGCCACCGUUAAAACCUGAGUGUGUGUAAUGAAGUUACUUGCCUUAAGGGUUACUGGGAGCGCUCUGGUUCCUGUAAGGUUUAUAUUCCCUCGGAUAAAUCGACCCUGGUAGUGAGGAUUAUUAUCCACGUACUCAACGUACAUUACCACUGUAGUGUGUAUCGUUGGCAAUAGUCUAGCUUAUGUUAGAGUUGCCAGGUGAUUUGGUUUACCACGUGAGGUUUACUGGAUUGCCUUGUGAGGUGUAUUGUAUAAAUAAACCUUAGUGUGUUUUGAUAUGCCUCGUUGGUUUAUGUUUUUAAUAAACCUAUUGCACUGAUUAGUUGUCCUUCAAA